CGGGUAGAUGUAGAACACAGUUUCUGCUCAACCGGAGAUUAUCUUAUAGUUUCACAAAUCUCGGCUCGGAUAUUCACGACCUUACGGGAGAAAGAAUCUUUUCUCUCUCUCUCUACAUAUAUAUAAUAUAUAAACAAAUUUUGUCCCUAGGUCCAACACUGGCGAUAGAGAAAGGUGAAAAUGUGUUUUGGCAACUUUUGAGAUCCAGAAAUGCAUCUGAUAUUCUGAUGCUGCUGCUCCUGCUCUUCUCACAGUUACUGCCCUAGUGAGUGCCGUUGGAAUCUGAUUUACGAUCUAUUUCCAAGUUCCAUCUCUGUGACCAGCUAUGGAUUUGAUGGAGAACAAGCCCUUGCAUGUCGGGUUCUUCAUUGUUGCAACAAUAAUCCUUGCAAAGCUUCUUUCUAUGCUUCUGAUGCCUCAAUCCAGAAAACGCCUUCCCCCAACUGUAAAGACAUGGCCGUUGUUUGGUGGACUUUCUCGUUUCAUGAAAGGUCCCAUGGUGAUGCUCAGGGAAGAGUAUCCAAAACUCGGAAGUGUAUUCACUGUGAAGCUUUUGAACAAGAAAAUCACUUUCCUCAUUGGACCUGAAGUGUCUGCUCAUUUCUUCAAGGCUCCAGAGGCCGAGCUUAGCCAGCAAGAGGUCUAUCAGUUUAAUGUGCCAACUUUUGGUCCAGGCGUCGUGUUCGAUGUUGAUUAUUCAAUGCGGCAGGAACAAUUCCGCUUCUUCACAGAAUCUCUGAGGGUGACAAAAUUGAAGGGUUACGUGGAUCAGAUGGUUAUUGAAGCUGAGGAUUACUUCUCAAAUUGGGGAGAUAGUGGUGAGGUGGACCUUAAAUAUGAACUCGAGCAUCUAAUCAUUUUGACAGCAAGUAGAUGCCUUCUGGGUCGUGAAGUUCGUGAUCAACUAUUUGAUGAUGUGUCUGCACUCUUCCACGACCUUGACAAUGGUAUGCUCCCAAUUAGUGUCAUGUUCCCGUACCUACCCAUUCCAGCUCACCGCCGUCGCGAUCGUGCCCGCAAGAAGCUUGCAGAAAUCUUCACAAACAUCAUAGCUUCUAGGAAACGUGCUGGUAAGUCAGAGAAUGAUAUGCUGCAGUGCUUCAUUGACUCUAAGUACAAAGAUGGACGCCCAACAACAGAAAGUGAGGUCACUGGGCUACUCAUUGCUGCCCUUUUUGCUGGACAACACACCAGUUCCAUCACCUCCACCUGGACUGGGGCCUAUCUCCUUCGUCAUAAGGAAUACCUCGUCGCCGUGUUGGAUGAGCAGAAGAAGCUAAUUAAGAAGCAUGGCAACAAGGUUGACCAUGAUAUCCUGUCUGAGAUGGAUGUCCUGUACAGGUGCAUCAAGGAAGCACUGAGGCUGCAUCCCCCGCUGAUACUGCUGCUGCGUAGCUCACACAGUGACUUCAGUGUGACAACUCGGGAGGGAAAAGAAUACGACAUACCAAAAGGCCAUAUUGUUGCUACGUCACCAGCUUUUGCUAACCGACUGCCACAUAUAUAUCAGGACCCAAACAGGUAUGACCCGGACAGAUUUGCAGCAGAAAGGGAAGAGGAUAAGACAGCAGGGCCGUUCUCAUAUAUCUCAUUUGGGGGUGGAAGGCAUGGAUGUCUUGGGGAGCCAUUUGCAUAUUUGCAGAUAAAGGCGAUAUGGAGCCAUUUGCUGAGGAAUUUCGAGUUAGAGUUGGUCUCCCCUUUCCCUGAGAUUGAUUGGAAUGCCAUGGUUGUGGGUGUAAAGGGAAAGGUGAUUGUGCGGUACAAACGACGGCCGCUCAAUGUUGUCUAAGCGUCCAAAACAAGUGGGUUGGCAUUGGCUACUUUGAAGAUAUGUUUCAUGGGACUCUUCCCAAUUUUGUACAUCAAUGUGUCAUUGCCAUCCCUCUUUAUUUUAAGAUUGGAGGAGGGCUUUGCGAGGUCCGGGUUAAUGUUGGUUGUGUUGAAUUUAUGUGUCCAUCAAAUCCAUUUUCUACUAUUUAAAUUUAUAAGUAUCUGUAUUAAUCCCUCUUUAUUUUAAGAUUGAAGGAGGGCUUAUUUAAAUUUAUAAGUAUCUGUAUUAAUUUAAUUGGGAUUAAUUGUCCUAAGUUUAUGCCUUAA